AUUUCUGAGUAAUGUCACAGGCUUCACAUAAUUCACUUAAAAUAUGUAAGUGUGCUUGUGUUAGUUUUCAUCAAGUUCAGCGCAUUGGGAUUUUUUAUGUGGUUGUGGUAGGAAAAUGCUAUUUCAAUAACACCACUGGGGCAAACAACAUUGUCAGCUCAAUUUGCACUGCUAACAUUGGCUAUCUCAAUUCGCGCACUUUCGUACUUACACUUAGCCUUCUGAGUGCACAAGUGCGUUUUCACUGAGAAGUACUAAGGCAAAAUGUAGUGCAGUGACAGUACCCGGAUGUUGCACUCAGAACGCCCCCAUGUUGGUGAGUGUGCAUGACAGACCCUUACAACCCCCAAUAGUCGCCAUCUUGGCCACGUAGCGGAAACUCAAAAUUCCUAACCGAUACAAAUUUACUACUCCUUUAGAGUAUUCUUCUAAAAAAAAUACGACAUCACAGAAAUAAAAUGACCAAAUUGACUAAGCCACCUUAACACAUUUAAUAUAUUCAUUUUAAAUAGAAUUAUCAUCUACUAAAACAACAACAGAAACACUAAAUAAUGUUCUGGCAACCACUUAACAUUUUUUUAUUGUUUUUUGUAGAUGUGGCAACCCUGGAGGGCCAAAAAAUUAUCUCCUUGCCUGGGAGUUGCGUAAUGAUCCUGAUUUGUUUUAUAUGAUGACUAUAACAUUCAAAAGCGCUGCAUGGCCCAGAAGGGAGGGGAAAUGAGCUGCAAGUGAAGCUUGAACGGCACACAGCAGCGGGUGACGGAAUCUUUGCUCCCCUAAAAUGAAGGUCCUACAAAAAGAUGAGGUCAUGGCUGCUGAGAAUGUUUUGCUGAAAGACCUACCCAAGAGUUUUGAGGUCUAUGGAUUCUUGUCUGCUUACAAUAGGAACAAACCUAGUAAGAGACAGUUCAUUGUUGAUACAUGGCCUGAUUUUAAUGUCAUCAUUUGUCGACCUGAUCCUGAGCUAGCCUUGAAUUGGACAAAAAAGAUAACAUUUUACUGCAAGGAUGAGCAGAUUCUGAAGAAAAUGUUAUUGGAGAAGGAUUUAUUUGACUGGAGCGAUCCUUUUAUUCUUGGAGGCUAUGACCACUCUCAUACCCCCAUGCUCAAAGAGGUUUCAUCUAGCAGACAAGUCAGCUACAAACCCACGACAACUGCCCAUCUUCUGUAUUUGCCCGAUCGUAGCCAUCUGAUCACACCAGCAUUUGACAGUGAGCUUGAAUCAAGGAUUUCAUCUCUCAUUCCUUCCAACGUUGACCUGGUGAAUCAAACCUGGAAGUUUGGAGGGAAUGAACAAGGGUACAACAGAAUUAAAUUCCAGGUCAGCAACUUGCCUUCAUGCUGCAUCACUGAUGAUCAGGGCCAGCCCGUUUCAUGGAUCCUUGUGUAUGAAUACUUGGCCAUAGGCAUGUUGUAUACUCUGCCUGAGCACAGACAAAAAGGUUAUGCCAAAGCGGUGGUCCACACCAUGGCUCAGAGGCUCCUUGAUCAAGGUUACCCAGUGUUCUGCUACAUUGAGGUGGAAAACACGGUUUCAUAUAAGCUUUUUAAAAACCUGGGCUUUAUUGAGCAUCCCACAUACAGAGCACAAUGGAUUGAGUUUAACAUGUGAUUUUGAAAAUCAGCUUACAUGUGAUCAGCAAAAGAUAAUUUGUAACAUAGCUGAGUAAAUUGUCUGUACCAAGAGUGACUAUAAUCAGACAAUUGUGAAUUUGUCAACCAGGGGACCAACAUCGUCUCCAGUCAACAGAAUUGACAAUGAGAAUGAAGUCCUAUUUUAAUAAACUUGUCCUGACUGAUGAAAUCCCAGCCCUGAAGAGAGCCACAUGCCACCUUGUGGCAACGUAAAUCACUUUUUGCACUUUUAAUAAUUGCACUAUAUGACUGUUCACCACUGCCUAAACUUGGUAAAUCAAUACUCCUUCAAAAAUGACUCCUUCAUAAAUUUUAUGAGAUACAAGGGAUGAAUUUUUAUGUGUUACUUUUUUGAAAUGCCUUCAAAUAUGUAAAAGAAUUCAGAUGUAGCUUUGUAGCGGCAUAUGCCGUUGAGAGAUGCUUCAUAAGAUUAUAGUUAACCUGAGCGCGUGACCUGCUGUUCUGUACAAAACACUAGGGGUUCGUGUUGUACUGAGCGUGAGCAACCACAACUGUUGUUAACCAGCUUCUUGUGUAGCAGCAGUAAACAACGGAGCCUGAAUCAUUGUUAUAGAUAUCAGUGCAUAAUAACGUGCCACAUUUCACUUUAUGUAACAUUUGAAAUAGUAAUUAAAUAGAUUACCCGUUACUGGAAAACAAAACGGCAUUAGCACAAAAAAAAAACUCCCAACGCAGCAUAAAGCAGACAAUAAAUUCAACCAUGACUUCUUUUGUUACUUUGUCAAGUCUAUAGCUUGUAGUAACCCCCAUUGAGACUUGGCAAAGGUCCUACACUUCUGAUCAAAAUUUAGAAAAAUUGCAAGAAUUUAUAUUUUGCACUCUUGGAGUUUAAAGAGGUUCUAAGUAGAGCUUCAAAAUGCCAAAAAAGAAAUUGGAGUGAGACAAAAAAAUAGUAACCUAUUUAUUGGAAACAACCAUUAAACUGAAAUAGGCUGUUCAUCAGCUGAUGAAAGGUUUCAGACCAUAACUCCAAAAAAAGCCAUCGGGGCCGUUAAGGUAGCAUUUUUUUUCUCAUCAGAGAAUAAAAUUAUCUUCCACAUUUCAGUGUUCCGCAUUUGAAGCUCUCGUGCAAAUUCUAAACAGGCAAUUUUGUGGCGUCGAAGGAGCCAAGGCCUUUGAAGAUGUUUUUUGCUCUUAAAACCCUUCUCUCGCAGAUGCCAUCUGGUUGUUAUUGGACUGCACUUGGCACCAAUAACAACCUUCAUUUGGGCCCAGGAUCGUCCUAUGUCUUGACAGGCGGCCAAUCGGGUCCUUCGGUUCAGGGACGGUGACAUUUUUGGGGGUAUACCACUUCAGUUUUUUUGUCCCAUAACCCUCAGGAUCUUUGAAGAAGUUUAAAAUGAGCAUCUCACUGCAUCCAACCUCAGCAGCAAUGGCGCUCUGCGAGAAGCCUUGCUUAUGCAGCUCAAUAAUCCGACCGCGUUCAAAGAGAGAAAGCUUUUUUGCCUUUGCCAUCAAAAUAUCAUGACAGUGUGAAUGCCUGACAGAAAAUGACACUGAAUCCACAUUUUUGACAAGAUUUUGGCUUUUAAAUCCUGCGGUCUUAAACUUUUGAUCAGCUGAUGAACAGCCUAUUUCACUUUAAGAGUUGUUUCCAAUAAAUUGCUUACUCAAAAAAAAAUUGUCUCACUCCCAUUUCUUCUUUUUGCAUUUUGAAGCUCAACCUAGAACCUCCUUAAGAUCCAACACUGAAAAAUUUUAUUGUUUUUAAUUUUUCAAGUGGUUUAUCAUUUCAUAUUAAUUUGUUGCACUUCAUUACAUUGAGCUUACCAGUAUAACUUCUCCAAUCAUACCCAAAAUAUUUUUUUUACAGUAUUUUACAGAAUAUUGUCUGAAGACACUAACAUAGCUAUCGCACAUACAAUCGUACGUUAUACCUUCAGACUUGAGCUUUAAUAUAAUUUUUCUUCAUCAAUACACUUUUAUUCAUGUAACAUUGAAAUUUAAAGUAAUCAUUUUUUGUAACCUAAUGUGCAUAAUCAUGCAGUGUAACCAAAUAAACGUAGUUAUUGUGACAUGGUGUACUAAAAAUCAGAGUACCCAACUCUUGGUAUGAAGAAAACCUUACUAUUUCAUUUAUGCAUGAUAGAAUUUAUUAUAAAGUACUACGGAGAACUUCUUCACUAGAUAAUCAACAAAAGUCACUGCAAAAAAACAUGCUUCUCUAUUAUGCAUUAUGUAACACUAGACACACAGAGAGGAAAAACAAGCAGUUUUAGUUGUAAAACUUUAUUGAUGUUUGUAGGGCAUUACUUUGCUACAAUGAGUCAAAGCUAACAGAAAUGUUUCAAAAAUAGUGAAAUAAAUAUCCAUUACAUGAAUACAAAAGUCCAACUUAUUUUCUUGGCAAAGUAUUUAGAAGUUAUGUUACAUGUGCAUGCCUCAGGAUAAAUUAAUACCAGUAUAUUAUACACACACUGCAGUUCCAACAAAUUCCACCAGCAGAAGAUACUCUCUACUGAUAUCUUCAGCACAUGUGUUACACUAUCAGUAUUCAGACGUGAUUAAGUUUCACAUGCCAUUUGGAAAAGUGUGUACAUUCUUGAUUUUCAAUUUUGGUUCAAUUUGACCAGAGUAUGGAAAAUAAAAGUCCUCAAAGACAACCUAGUGUGUUUGCCCUCUUUUUACCAUCAGAAAAUAAAGUUUUCAUCUAUAAGAAAACUGGUGGGAUUAAAGAAAAAUUGUCAUCAUGACCAAGUUUAUGUUCAAUGGCCUAAUAAAUGGACUUGUCCAGAUUUCACCUUCUCUCUGAAGAAGUGGAAGAGACUUCACUAGAGCUGAAAUGAAAAGGAAAAAUUAUGUUGGGAUGACAAACACUGACAAACAUGCGUACACAUCCAAGCAUUUGAUAACCGCCAGCUUUGAUAAUAGAACGUUCGCGCACGUGAUAAAGACUGAAUCAACAGCGCCUCUACUGGCUGCAGCCAAAUAGUGUGUUCCAUUGUGCCUCCCCUGACUACUUAAUUGCAUGUGAACAUUCUCAUUCAUUCAGAUCAUUGUUUUUUCACGGCAUUGAAUCGAUUGCAUCUGGACUAGAGAUCGACCGAUAUGGGUUUUUC